UCCUUCGUUAGAUGUCUAACUACUGGAAUAAAUAUUUCGACGAAACCGACAUAAAGUCCUGGGACAUUCUCCAGUUUUACAAAGAUUGGAUAUGCACUUAUAAACAAAACCCUGAAAAGCUUACCUAUAGAAUGUCCACAGACGCGCUCGCUAAAAGUCUCCGUUCAAUCGUUAAUAAUAGUCCAGACACCGUGAAAGUUGAGAAAGCUAAGAACUUAUUGUCCGAUCUUGAGUGCGGCCAGAAACACAAAAGUGGCAACUGUAUAGAUAAAUUAUGGAUCAAAAUAGAGAACAAAUACAAGGAACGCGAAAGGACAGAUGUCAUGUGUUCGGAUACGGGAAUACAGUUGGCAAAUUGUAAUGGAGUCCGAAUUU